ACCUUCAAUGGCAAUAUGUUUUUUGUAGAAGACAUUCCAGAAUGCUCAAGAUGCUGUCAUUUAAAAGGGGUUCCCUGAAAACAUUUACAAGGGCCUUACUCCUUACUCUUUACCCCCCUUAGCAUUACUUUCUACACAAUGAGUUAAAUCAACAGCAUAACACAAGAAAAUAUUGAAAAUAUAGACUUCAAAUGUUCAGGAUAUUUGUAAGAGGAGGAGCUGACAGGUGGUGGGAAUUGAUAAGGUUGAGUAGGGAACACUUUUUUGGAGGAAGCAGAAGGCAUUUGACUGCUAUUGAAGGAGCAAUGUCAACAAGACCCUCUGCAUCAUCAUUGUUUGGAGCCAGAGGGACCAACAUUUUGUCUGCAUCACCCAAAACAAGACAGCAAAAAUCUGCUAAAGAACAGUCUAUGCCUCCUGACUUGGCAGAUACAUCUACACACUUUCAUUGGCAAUGUGACCAGGAUUUAGAUUUGGGGGCUUUGGAGGAAAUUUUGCACAGGUUGGAGAAAAUCUCUGAGGAACCAGGCCCAUUUCUGAGACCCAGGCUUGAGGCCAAGUUGGCAAGGGGUUAUUUUUUGUUUGCCCACAAGGGGGAGCUGCAGGAAAGUGUGGCACUCAUUGGAGAAGUGAACCAAUUUUGUAAACAGCAGGAUUCCAAGGAUGGGUCACCUGAGACCAAAGAUAUAACUUGGCCAGAGAGAAAAAAAGGCAUUCAACAUGUAGCUGGUGCUGCCUUGGCCAAUAUCAUUUGGAGAAGCAAGAAGUCUUUAGUUGAGUCACAACUCAAAUUGAUGAACUCUAGUGGAACUUAUCCCAAGUUGGAAACACUGGGCCCUGAAGCAAAGGCAGCCAUUUCUGGCUGCAAAGCCUUCACUUUGAGCAUAAUUGGAGCAGACAGAGCAGCAGAAGCCAUUGCUGAGUAUGAGAGAGCCAUCAAACUCAAUCCAGACCACAGUCUCUACCACAUGAAUCUUGGAAUAGCUUUGUACAGAUAUGAGAAGCAAACACAUGACCCCAACAUGUUGCAAAGGCAAUUGAGAGCUUUCCAGAAAGCUGCAGAAAUAUCAGACAGACAGCAAUGGAAGGAUCCCUUGCCACAUGCCUUUCUAGGGGAAACUCUCAGAAGACAAGCAAGUUUCCAUUAUUUCAAAAUGAGAAGCACUCUUGGCUAUGAUGACAAGUCCAUAACAGACAAAGGCACCAUCAGGGAACUGAAUGACAGGGCUUCUGCUGAAUUCCAAAGCAGCAUGAAAACAAUGACUCAAGGAGGGGAAAUCUCAGAGUCUGUAAAAGCCCUGGAACUUUGUGGUCAUGCUUUGGGCGCAAUGCCUGAACCUAUGAGGGAUGACAAGCAAGCUCUGGAGUGUCUAGAAAGAGCAAUGACUCUGGAUCCAGACAACCCUAAUGUUUGCCACAGAAUUGGUCUGUUACAUGAGAGAACCAGAAGAGAUUUGAAGACUGCCAUAGACUUCUAUAGAACUGCAAAAAAACUACAGAGGACCAAUAAUGCUGCCAUCUUUUAUGACUUCAUCAGAGCCAAGAGCCUUUUGGACAAAGAAUAUGUCCCUUUGGAUGACUUCUCUGCUCUCAUCUGGAGAAACCGUGAAGAGACUUUAGUCAAGGCAUUUUGCUGGAGGGGAUUAUAUUUUUUGAAGGUGGCCAAUGAUCCCAAGAGUUGCUUGCAUGACUGGCUUCAUGCCUUGGAACUGGAUCCAGCAGGAAAAGAAAUGAAGUAUAUCCCCAAUGGUCCAUCUUGGUGCAAUCCUGAACCAAUUUCUGGUUCAAAAUCAUCAAUGGCCUCCAUCAGUCCAACAUUCAGAGACUAUGUGACUGAAUUGCAAAACCUUGUGCAUGAUCUGAGUUCAAAUUUGGGCAGGGAUGAAGACUCUUCUUGGGCUGUUGAGUUGCUGGUCAGAAGAGCUUGGAUGGAGUCAUUGGUUGGCUCCAAAACUGUUGCUUCAUCUCUGUACAACAGGGCUUAUGAGGUUCUCACAAGACAAAAGGAUGUCCUUGGACAGCAAGAGAUUCUUUUCCAAUGGAUGUGGAAUGAGCUUGACCAGAAUAAAAUCCCAGAGGCCCUGGAGAGACUGCAUCUCAUAAAAUACCCAACCAUGUUGUUGAAAAUGGUUGAUCCAUGUUGCCCAGGGACAGUGACUUCUGUACCUGUCCAGAGAUCUGCCAAACAUACCUUUGGGGUGGACUCUUCCUCAUCCAAAGACCAUGUGCUGGUUCAGAGUCAACCCCCUGCAAGAAAUGCAGCAACUUCUCUGUUGACCCUGGCUGACCAUCUGUGCCCCAAUUGUGACCCCAUCAAGAAGACCAUCAAUGCCAUUGCCUUGGUUGCUAGAGUGGACCAUUGCAGACCUUGUAUAGAUGAUGAACAAGAAACAAAGUGCAAAGAAGUCUUGGGACUGGUUCCCAGACACAAAUGUACAGCAGAAAAGAUGCUGAGGACAUUGUGCAGAAGAAGGUUUGAGAUGUGCAAGUCAGUGGCCACUGGACAACCAUUGGAGGAGAAAAUUUCAGCUGUGAAGGCUGUGCUUGAAGAGGCCAAGAAAUGCAGGGACAGAGCUUACAACACAUUCAUUGAUGAGUUCUAUCCCUAUGCCAAGGGUAGACACUAUUAUCCAAUUGUGUUCAAUAAUUCACCAAAGCUGUAUAACAUGCCACGCUGUGAUAACCAGUUUUGGGACCAGUCACUUGACCAGAACAAGAGCAGAGCAACUUCCAUAUUGCUGAGUUACAAGGUCAAGAGGCUGAACCACAUUGAGCGGAAACAUGAGCCAGUUGUGCAGUUUUUAGUUGACAACUGUCCCAUGACUUCUGAAAAGCUCUGGUUCAUGGACCACAUUGAGAGGAUGGUCAAUGAGGACAAACACAGCAAAGAGAUGAUCCUGACAACAGAACAGCUGGAUGAGUUAUUCCCUAUUGCCCACUUGUCAGCAUCAUUCUCUGAAAAGGUCAUGGAGUUCUUUGUGCACUACACAGAGGACAAUGGGUCUGGAAGAAAUGACUUGAAUGACCUCUUCCCUGUGGAAGACCUGAGCUCUUUGCUUUGAGAAAUAAAGUGAAAAGAAGUUGUGCA